AUGGCUCCACUUGCGAAAAGACGUUGCGAGGUUUUGGAGGAUGAAGCACAUGAGAAAGCCGAGACCCAGGGCAACGCAGUCGAGGUGCAGGCCCUGAAGGCUGCAUCCGUUCCAGACGAAGACCUUGAAUUGGAAGCCAUGUUGCAAGAGGUUGGCGUUGAGUUUUACGAGUUGUCUCCUGAGGAGAUGAACGGCGGAGAGGCGCCUUCCAGUCCAGCAGAGUUGGCUGAGUUGGAUGGCCUGCGGUUCCUUCCUUAA